UUCCUCUUCGUCCAAUGUUCUCACAAUUUCGCACAUUUAUUUCUUAAGUCCCCAAUAUUUCUUGUUUAGGGUUCAAUACCACAAAUUGGGAAAAUUAGGGCCUUUACAGAUACCCCCAUACUUUGAUUCUUGCGAUUUUGCAGUAUUAGAUUUUCAAUUCGCCAAAACAGUUUUGGAAUUUGAGACCUGCAGUAUCCAAUUCAAUCUCUUUAUGAUGCUUCAGAUCCGACUAAAGAGCGUUACACCCACCGAGGGCUCUCCCGGAGCAAAACACUUGCCGGCGGAGACCGUCACCGUCGCUUGCCCUGACCACCUCGUCCUCGCCGACCUUCCCGUGGCCAAGGGCAUUGGCUCGGCCACCGCCACUUCGCUUGUCAAGACUAUCGGUCGCCGGUCCCGUCGGCAGCUCGGUGAACGUGUCCACUUUUGUGUUCGCUGCGAUUUCCCGAUUGCUAUCUAUGGACGACUGAGCCCUUGUGAACAUGCGUUUUGUUUGGAUUGUGCUCGGAGUGAUUCAAUCUGCUACCUCUGUGAUGAACGUAUUCAGAAGAUUCAGACUAUCAAAAUCAUGGAGGGGAUCUUCAUUUGUGCUGCCCCUCACUGUCUCAAAUCUUUUCUAAAGAGGAGUGAAUUUGAAUCUCACAUCCAUGAGACACACGCGCACCUUCUUCAGCCAAAUGCGGAGAAAAUGGAUGGAAAUGAAUCUGAAGCCCGGAGUAAAAACCAAGUAACGCCAUCUGAAUCCACCGCUCGUGCUCCACCAAGGCCAGUCUUUUCUCCUAGUUCAAAUUCCCAGUUCCAUGACCGUGAUGACAAAGCUCGUCUUCAACGAGAACAAUCGCUUCCAAGGCCAGUCAUGCAGCCUACACCACCUCCAGGUUUUGGGCAAAUUCAGAAUAAUCCACCAGAUCUCAGCCGACCGCCAGGCUUUGACAGGCCUGUUCCCCAGAAUCUCUACCAUCAACAAAGCUUUGAUUCAUCUGGUGCUCCCAUACCGGAGUCUGGCCAGUUUUCAGAUAAGCAGCAAGGAAUGAUAUCCGAGACUCCCUUUUCUGAAUAUCCACCCAUGCAUUCUAUUCAGCCUCCCAAUUAUGCAGUUCCCAUGAAUUCCAAUCAAGUACAGAUGAUGCCCUCCCUUCAGUAUGGCUUUCCUUUCCCAGUGGAUGGAUCUCAACCAUUUUAUGGUGCUCCCUAUCAAAUGGUACGACAGGAUUCUGGACAGGAUAUGGGACAAGAACAGGGAUCGUUGUUGGGUUUUCCCCCAGGUUCAGUACCUAACAUGAAUUUUGCAGCUGGUUAUCCGCAGUCUUGGAAUGCAGGACAGGCUGGUGUUCCUUUUGAACAAGCUACACCAGGUGGUCAAGGAACUGCAGAUGGUUUCCCCAACUCCUCAGAUCCUCAAGGAAAUGCCACAUAUUAUCAAGGCGGCAUGCCUUUCAAUCCUCAGCAGAUGACAAACAAAGCAAUGGAACAACCACCCCAGGGUGGUAAUGCUAUGGAUCCGAGGGAUAGCAAAGGUAUAUUAGCAUCACAGCCCAUGUCGCUUCCUCCGCCUCCCCCACCGCCGCAGCUCAAACGCAAGUUUUAUCAUGGUGACACAGGUCGAGAUGGCCAGAGCUAGGACUGGCAUGUGGUGGUGACCAAGUAAAGUUUGAUGUUUGUAAUUUUCUCUUAUUUUUCCUUACUGGAACUCAUGGCUGUCAUUAUUUUGGUUCAGGGUCUAUCUGAGAGUAUUUGUUCCCUUGGCUUA